AUGGCUUCUGCUAAUACUCAUCCGGUUGCGCAAAAGACUGCGAUCCUGUCCGUCUACAACAAGACUGGACUGUUGGAUCUUGCCAAAGGUCUUAGCCAGCAGGGAAUCCGUCUUUUGGCCUCCGGAGGUACCGCUAAUCUGAUCAGAGAUGCUGGUAUGCCCGUGGAAGAUGUCAGCAGCAUCACCCACGCACCUGAGAUGCUUGCUGGGCGUGUCAAGACCCUCCACCCCGCCGUCCACGCCGGAAUUCUAGCCCGCAACCUUGAAUCUGACGAGAAGGAUCUUGCUGAGCAGAAUAUCAACAAGGUUGACUACGUCGUUUGCAACCUGUACCCAUUCAAGGACACAAUUGCGAAGAUUAAUGUCACCAUCGCCGAGGCCGUCGAGGAGAUCGAUAUCGGUGGUGUUACUCUUCUCCGCGCUGCGGCCAAGAACCACACCCGUGUCACCAUCCUCUCUGACCCCGCCGACUACCCCUCGUUCCUCGAGGAGCUCCGACAGGGCGAGGUCUCCGAGUCUUCAAGAAAGCAGUAUGCCUUGAAGGCAUUCGAGCACACUGCCGACUACGACGCAGCCAUCUCUGAAUUUUUCAGGAAGAGAUACGCUGGUGACGGUCUCCAGCAGCUUACUCUCCGCUACGGCGCAAACCCCCACCAGAAGCCCGCUCAGGCUUUCGUCAAGUCCGGCCACCUCCCGUUCAAGGUUCUUAACGGCUCACCUGGAUACAUCAACCUUCUCGAUGCCCUGAACUCGUGGCCGCUUGUCAAGGAGCUCAAGGAGGCCCUGAGCCUCCCCGCCGCCGCCUCGUUCAAGCACGUCUCUCCUGCCGGUGCUGCCGUCGGCGUGAAGCUUUCCGACGUCGAGAAGAAGGUUUGCUUCGUCGACGAUAUCGCCGGACUCGACGAGAGCCCUCUUGCCUGCGCCUACGCCCGUGCCAGAGGUGCCGACAGAAUGUCCUCCUUCGGUGACUGGGUCGCCCUCAGUGACAUUGUUGACGUCACUACCGCCAAGAUUAUUAACCGUGAGGUCUCUGACGGUGUCAUUGCCCCUGGCUACGAGCCUGCUGCUCUUGAAAUCUUGAAGAAGAAGAAGGGUGGCCGCUACACCGUCCUCGAGAUUGACCCUCUCUACGAGCCCGCCGCUGAAGAGACCCGCCAGGUCUACGGUAUCUCGCUCACCCAGCGCCGUAACGACAUCAAGAUCACCAACAAGUCGUUCGCACGCAUCAUUACUCCUGAGAACGCCGUUCUCCCUGACCAGGCCCUCAUUGACCUCACUGUUGCGACCAUUUCGCUCAAGUACACCCAGUCCAACUCUGUUUGCUACGCCAAGAACGGACAGAUCAUUGGCCUUGGUGCUGGUCAACAGUCCAGAAUCCACUGCACUAGACUUGCCGGUGAUAAGGCCGAUAACUGGUGGCUCAGGCAGCACCCUAAGAUCUUUGAAUUCAAGUGGAAGAAGGGUACUAAGCGCCCUGAUAAGAGCAACGCUAUCGAUCUCUUUGUCACCGGGCAGGUUCCGGCCAAGGAGGAUGUUGCUGAGAGAGAGCUAUACGAGGCUGUCUUUGAGGAACUCCCGGCUGAGUUCACCAAGGAGGAGAGAGCCGAAUGGAUGGCAAAGUUCUGCGACGUCGCUGUCUCAAGUGAUGCAUUCUUCCCCUUCACUGACAACGUCUUCCGCACCCACAAGUCUGGUGUGAAGUACAUCGCUGCCCCUGGUGGCUCAGUGAGCGACAAGGCAGUCCACGAGGCUGCCGCAAGCUGUGGUAUCACCUUUGUUGAGCAGGAGACUAGACUUUUCCAUCAUUAA